AUGGCGGACGUCCAAGAAUCGUCUCUGGCGCCGUCCGCAGAAAAUCCAGGGCUCAACUCACCUCCUCCCGAGAAGCCCUCCGAUGUUACCAGGCGCACCCGCGUCGUUGUGUCGUUCUGGCUUAUAGUACUGUUUCUAGGUCUUCCCAUCUGGUGGAAGACUACUACUAUUUACCGUGCCAAUCUUCCUCUCGAUGGGAUGCUAGAAUGGGCAGAGGGAAAGAUCUCCGUCAAGGCCGAUGCGCUCCAGGAGAAUGACGCCCAGAACCUCGUGCGCCUAACGCAGCACGCUCUCGACGACCACAAUGACUUUUCCGGUCAUCACCUCCGACUCCAGCUCGCCCCGAAAGAAUCCCCCACCGCCGAUGAUUCCCACGUUGCGUUGACGAUCCAGCUCACACCCGGCGAGAGCAACUCGGCUUCCCUAGACUCCGACUCUGCUGUUCUCAACAUCGCAUACCCUCCUAACGCCGUUCCUUCUUCCUCUUCUUCGUCUUCGACUCUUGCGACGUAUAUCGCCAACGAACUUCAGUCGACGUUUGUAGAGGAGCAGUCCAUCAUCUCGUACCUCCUCUCCACGUCUUCUGCCCCCGAUGCCAAACCCCCAGGCUUGAGUCCUGAGACGGUCGAUCAACUAUCGAAGCGAACCACGCGAUCACUCCGAUAUGCGCCGACGUACCACCUCACGUUUUCUCUAUUCACGGCCGGCGCUGUACCGAACACAUGGGACAUUGAGGCCGCGAUCGAAGAAUAUAUGAAGCCUAUGCUCGAUAUUCUAGGUCCUAUUCACAACUUCACCAUCGACACGCAGGUGCAGCUUUAUGCGACACCUGGCGCGCAGUCGCAGGUGCUCAGCAAGGAUGAUCUGGCCUCCUUCAUCAACGCCGCCGAGUGGCCUCUCUCGCCCUCGAUCGGUGGAGCCCCGACCGUCAACUUUGUCAUUUACGUGGGCGACCAAAAGAUUGGCCUCGACUCGGAAGCAGGAACCUCGUCGCAGUCUUGGAUGUUUCCGCAGUGGGGAAGCGUGUAUCUCCUCAAGCUUCCCGAGACGACGGCGCAUGUGUCGGCUGAGACGCUGAAGCAGCCAAUGUUGACGUUUAAUGGACAUUUGUUGUCGCUGCUGGGUACGCCGCAGUCUGGAUCUCUGCCUUUGAGACUGUCUACACUAUCGCGCAUUCGUUCUGCGGAUUUACUGUUGCAAGCUUCUUCAACGCUUGGAUCGCUGGCGCGAUUGUCUCUUGCUCUCCCAUCCAUUGCUAUUCCCCGCAGCGUCGCUGAUGGUGUUGCAUCAACCAUGGAGCAUCUCCAGCAAGCCUGCUCUAAUCUAGGUGACCCGUCUGGACUAUUGCAUGCAAGAAUCGCCGAGGAGGAAGCUGAGCGAGCAUUUUUUGAAAAGAGCAUGGUCGGACAGCUGUACUUCCCAGACGAGCACAAGAUCGCAGUCUAUCUUCCCCUUCUGGGCCCCGUGGGGGUUCCACUGGUGAUGGGGUUGGUCAACGAGCUGAGGGGAUGGAUCAAGAGGAGGAGACAGAGGGCAAAGGAUGCAGGCGAGAAGAAGGCGCAAUGA